GCUACACAUACCUCCCCACUGUCCACAGAGCGUGCCAGUGCUAUUGAACCCGACUCGCAAUGAGCAAUCUUUACCAACGUAACCCCACAUACGCCUCCUCAUCCUCCAACGUCCUCUACCCACCCUCGGGCCCCUCAUCAGGCCGCGGCACACCCUAUCGCCCAGCGAGCUCCGCGAGCCAGUACUCUGAAUCACCCUAUGGCGGUGGCAUGGCAAGCAGCGGCUCGGGCUACACACCAGCGACGCACGAUGUGGAAGGGCAGAACGAUGAACGGCUGGAUGGGCUCUUGGGUAAGGUCAAGAUUUUGAAAGAUAUCACCAAGGGCAUAGGAGAGGAAGUGCGGGAUAGUAAUCUUCAGCUUGGCAACAUGAACGACUCGUUUGCGUCUGCCACCACUCUCCUCUCGGGUACAUUCAAACGCAUGACCAAGAUGGCUACCCGGCAAGGCGGAAAUUGGUGCUGGUUCAUGCUAUUCUUGUUGUUCGUCUUGUUCAUAUUCAUAGUGUUGUGGAUGGUGAGAAGAUAGGGCAAGAUAAGGCCAGGGAGAGUAUGCAUUGUAACACCACUUGAUAAUCGUUUAAUUCUACAUUCCCUUCCUAUACGACAUGUGUUUUAUGCUUCGAUCCCGAUGCUGUAUCCUGAGA